GUACCAAACUCAUGCUUUAAAAAAGAGCAAAGAUUCAUUAUCACACACACCGCGCCCUACCUUCCUUCCGCCCAGGUGCGCCGUCCUUUCCUACCCAGCUGCCCCUCCCCAUCGGCAGAUAUGGAUAUGGCUGGACGAGAGACCCAAAUCCUGCCGGUUUUCCGUUGAAUGCUGCCAUACGACAGAGAAUAAACAAAGCAUACGGGGAAGAGAAUGAAAAGCGGCAUGUCCUUGUAGUUGUUGCCGGCGUCAAACAAUGCAGAGCGCACACUGUUGGAUGUUUGGAUUUUGUUUGGGACCUAUUUUCUGUCGGUUUUUAAAAUUAGGGGCGUAAUUACAAGGAACUAUCGUGGAGUCGCUCAUAGUAACAGCCAGGACUUUAGCAGCCUCCACCCUUGAGCAAUUUGCAGCUAAUUUGUAAUAGUCAGGACUUUAGCAGCCGCCCUCACCUCACCCUUUUGUAUCAGGCUGUCAGCCUGCUUGCAAUGCAAUACGAGGAGGAGCAGAGCAGCAGGUGUCUCCAUGGAUGCAAGCCAGGAUGUGUGGGACUGGGACUGGGAGCUGGUCCUGCCAGACCACAGGAGCUUCUCCCUGAGCAAUGGCGGCAAGAAUCUUGAUGAUAAAGAAACAGUCGAGCAUGAUCUGCUGCCCCCAUCAGGAGACGUUGACGUGCACGACGAGUGCAAGGGCAUCGGCGUGCUGGAUGAGACCUGCAAAUCCGCCGUGCCUAGUGUUGCCGAUCCGAUAAUGAAUUCUGAGGGUGGCGAGGAAGAGAAGGCAAUCCAGAGACCUGAUGCCGAGGAGUCCGUCACCGCCGACAGCAAGUUUGCUCAAGAGGAGGAGGAGGAAGAAGAAGAUAUCAAGAAGGACGGCGACGAUAAGGUUGGAGCCCUGAUCGGCGCGCUGUGCUCGUUUGGGGUCGCAGCCGCCACCGCCUGCGUCUUUCUCAUCGGCGGCAGGCUGCAUCAUCACCACACGCAGCAGCACAAAAUUCAGCUGCAGUUCUUCGGCGAUGAUAAGAGGAUCCAGCAAGUUGUGCGCCAGACGUCAAGGCUGAACCAGAAGGCCAUGUCGUUUGCGACGGGGGCAGGAGCGUCACGACAUUUUGGAAGGGCACGUGUGAAACGUAGCAAAAACAUUAAUUACUAAUAUGUUUAUAUAUGUAAUAUGUAUAUAUAUAUACACAUAAUAAUAUAUA